AUUGAACGUAAGUUUGUUCACAAUUUUUUUUUAACUCAUGCAGUUCACAUUAAAUAUGUUGGGUGAAAUGUCUUUAUUUGAUAUACAGAAAGGGGCUAUGAAACUUCAUGAUCAACAAAUGGAGGUUGAUUCCCUAAAGGGAUAUUCAGAAGGAGAAAUUUCAGCUCUAAAGGAGCAAUUUGAAAGAUCAUAUGAAGAUCAACUCAAACGAGAUACUAAGAUGGUUGAGCUGAAGCUCACAGAGACUACUAAUAAGCUUGAACAGCAAUUGGCAACGGAGCAAGGUGCCCGUUUGAAGGCAAAAGAGAAGGCACAAGCAGCUCAAAUGAAAUCAAACAUCAGAUAUGCGAAGUUAGCAUAGUAGAAAAGUGUGUGCACACCUGACGUAAAUCGCGAAACAAAAUGCAACAAGCAAAUGUCUAACAUAAGUGUGCAAGCACACAUCCAUUGUGCACACACAUGAAAUAAAAAAGCAAAAGGCAUGAGCUUGACCUAGCUAAACACGUAGAGGAUAAAAAGAAUUUCAACUUUUUGUUGGACCACAAACAUAUCUUUUCUCUUUCUUGCAGGACCACAGACAAAAUCUUCCAACCAUUUAAGACCAUAUAAGGAAAUUGUGACACCUGUAAAGUUAGCUCUCACAAGAAUAUCAUGAAUCAAAAUAAGCUUGAUGGGCAAGACAACAAAGAGAAAAACUCCACUUGGCAAAAUGCGUCUAACAGUAGAUGCUUGCACAGAAGAACGAUGUGUGCACAUAUUUGUUUAACAAUUCAUUGUCCACCAUAACAUAAGUUUGGAAAAAAUAUCAACAAUGUCAAUGGAAGAAGUUCCUAAAGGUUUUCUAUCCUCAAGUAAUUUAGAGAAGAUGUUUCACACGCCCAACAUCUCCUCUUCGGUUGUGAUAAUCUGAGGAUUAUACUAUUUUAUUUAAGCUUUCAGGCC